AUGGCGGCUCGCCGUCGAAUCGCCAUGUCGCCGAAGCUGCUCGCCGCGCUCGCCAUCGCGGUGCGCCUCGUCGCUCUCGCCGCCGCCAUGUUCGCGCCGGACGGCAACGUGGCAUCGCUGGACUCGGAGAGUUUCGCCUCCCAAGUGCUCGGUCAACCCGCCGUCUGGCUCGUGGAGUACCACCAGGACAAGUGCGAGCCGUGCAUGCAGUUCGCGCCCGAGGUCGCCAAGGUCGCCGACUCGCUCAAAGGGCUCGUCAAGGUGGGAGCCAUCAACUGCAACAAGGCGCCGGACGUGUGCAUGCAGGCGCAGAUCAAGGAACUGCCUGCAUUCAGGCUGUACCCAUGGGAGGUGAGGGCCAACCCGUACACGCACAAGCGCUACAAGGACGCGCCUCAGGUGUUCACAGGAGACAACACAGCCAAGGCGCUCGUCAGCUUCGCCACUGCCGCCCUACCCCACGACCUAGUGGCCAACAUCUCCUCUGGCGCCUCUGCUGAUGCUUUCCUCUCCACCAACGCCACCCUCAACAAGGUGGUGCUCUUCUCCACCAAGCCUGCCGUCACGCCGCUCUUUAAGGCGCUCUCGCUGCAAUUCAGGAAGCGGCUGGUGUUUGCGCAGGCCAAGUCAACUGAUGAGGCUCUGGCGGCCUCCUUUGGCGCCACCUCCUUCCCCGCGCUCUUCCUGCACAAGCCGGACGGCACCAGGCAGCUCUACGACGGUCCGCUCAAGCCCGAGCCAAUCGCCGCCUUCCUUGAGCAGUUCGCCGCCCCGGCCGAGCCCACCGCUGACUCAGCGACAGCUGGCGAGGCGGAGGGGGGGCCGGGGGGGGAGGAGGGGCAAUCGCGGUGGGUGCGGCAGAUGAGGGCGGCGAAUGUGAGCAGCCAGGUGCUACAGCGUGAGGAGAUGUGGAUGGUUGCCCUCACGUCCUCUGCCGAGGAGUGCAGGGAGGUGAAGGAGAAGUUUGAGAAGACAGCAGAGGAGCUCGUGGGCAUGAUCUUUGUGGGAGUGGUGGACAUGCACACGGAUGAGGAUGCCAAGAGUCUUGCGACCAAGUACGGGGUGAAGGAGCAGUGUGGAGAGGCGCUGCUAUUCCCCUUGGGAGACGACAAGGAGGAGAACGAGCCCGAUCGCAUGCCCCUGGCGGCCUCCCUCAAGGCCAUGACAGCAGCAGUGUACGCCCUGGCGCCCGACUCCUUUGUGCGCCACAUCACUGCUGACUCGCUCGAGGUCUUCGCUCAGACCAACCCGCUGCAGCCCAAGGUGUUUCUGUUCACGAAUAAGAGGGAGACACCUGGCAUGUACAAAGUGCUCUCCACCACCUUCCGCAAAGACGCUCUCUUUGCCCUGGUGCAUGAGAGUGAGAAGAAGGUCAUCGCUCGGUUCAAAGUUGCCAAAUUCCCCCACAUGUCGAUAAUGUUCCCGGCGCCCAGUCCAGGGAGGGAGGGCGAGGUGCAGCUGACAGUGCGGGACUUUCCCGGCCCCCUCAAGUACCACACUGUUGCGCCGCAGCUCAUGCAGUUGGUGGCGGCAGCGCGGCAGUUUGCGGCGCCAACAGCGGAGAUAGUGGCAUUGGGGGAGGGCAAGGAGGGGCAGGAGGAUGCCUUCCAGACAGAAUGCGUCGACUCCAAUCGCCUGUGUGUGAUUGGUCUGUUCAACACCGACUCCCCACUCGACCAGCUCAAGCGGGUGGCAGCCAAGUGGCUGCGGGGCGGCCAGUUUGUCUUCAUGUGGCUGGACUCCGGGCGGCACAAGGCGUUGGCAUCGCGAGUGCUCCCGCUGCUAGGCGUGAGCCAUGAGGACCUGCCGACAGCGGUGGUGGUGAGCCCGCGCAAGAUGCGCUGCGCCGUGCUGCCAGAGAGCUUCUCCCCGCCCAUCCUCGACGCCUUCCUCGACUCGCUGCUCGCCGGCCGCGUCCGCACCUUCCCCCUCGAUCGCCUGCCAUCGUUCCUGCCGGGCCCUUCAAUGGAGUCUUUUCCCGCAUCAGAGGCGGCAGAGGAGGCAGCAGAACCAGAGCCGAUCGCAGAGGAGGAGUUUGAUCUGGCGGACAUCAUGAGCGAGCAGGUGGAGGACGCCGAUGCCGUCGCCUCAAAGGAGCACAAGAUUCUGCAGGCUGACAAGGAGGCAGAGGAGGAAGCAGCCAGGAAGGCAGCAGAGGCGGAGGCAGCAAAGAAGGCAUCGAAGAAGAAAAAGAAGAAGAGCAAGACCAAGAAGAGCAAAGCCGUGGACUCGGAUGUCAGGGAUGAGCUGUAG